CCGAGAGUGCGCUAAGAUCGACUAGUGAGAAUUCGCCUUGCGGUCGGGUUACGUGUGUGCGGAUGGUGCGGAUCUCCUUCUGUGGGACCCGCUUAGGCUGAUCGACGAAGGGUUUUCGAUAACUCGUGGGUUCUCUUUUCAGAGUUGGCCGGAUUUCACCAGCCGACAAUAAUGCUUGGCAAUCGUAUGUCAACAAUCUUGCGGCUAGCCGCACAAGAGCAGCAAUGGCAACAGCAAAGGGGGAUGGCUACCCUCAAGGCAAUUUCAAUACGUUUAAAGUCUGUCAAGAAUAUUCAAAAGAUUACACAGUCUAUGAAGAUGGUGUCAGCAGCUAAGUACAAUCGAGCGGAGCGCGAUUUGAAGCAGGCUCGGCCUCUCGGCGUCGGGACGAAGGUGUUUUACGAGCAGGCCGAGAUCGAGGCACCGCCAGAAGAACCGAAGAAACUCGUUAUUGCCGUGACCAGCGAUCGCGGUCUUUGCGGUGCUGUGCACACCGGUGUAUCUCGUAACAUUCGCGACCGGUUAUUAGCCGAUUCUAAGGAGCGCGAGAAUACAAAGAUCAUAUGCAUCGGUGAGAAGUCCCGGGCGAUCCUUCAGCGACUAUUCGCCAACAAUAUACUCUUUGUCGCAUCUGAGGUCGGUCGCAAGCCGCCGACGUUCAACGAUGCGGCCAAGAUAGCAAUACAAAUAAUGAACAGUGGUUAUUCUUUUGGCUCCGGACGCAUAGUAUAUAACAGGUUUAAGUCUGUGGUAUCGUACGCGGUUGACGAUCUACCGUUGUUUGAUAAGAAUGCAGUGGUCACCGCACCGAAACUAUCGAUUUACGAUUCGCUCGACGAGGAGGUAAUCCAGAGCUACUUGGAGUUCUCGCUCGCCUCGCUUCUGUUUUACUCGAUGAAGGAAGGCGCUUGUAGCGAGCAAUCCAGCCGUAUGACGGCUAUGGACAACGCUAGCAAGAACGCCGGAGAGAUGAUUGACAAGCUUACUCUCACUUUCAAUCGCACUCGGCAGGCUGUGAUUACCAGAGAAUUGAUCGAAAUUAUCUCUGGUGCCGCUGCUCUGGAUUAAGAAUGUGCCGGAGGAAAAAUUUAGUUUAUCAAUUUAUAGUGCCGGCAAAAAUAGAAAGAAUACGUUGGAGAAGGAAGAGGAAUGGGGAGACAAAUCUGUUAAGCUACUGAAAAAAAGAAGUUUCCCCCAUUGACUUGGACGAUGUUCAGUUAAGCGCAGACCGUAAAUAUCAAACAUAUUGCAAGCCUAUCUGUUAUUUAUAUGUCCAAGUUGUUGAAUAAAUCAAUCUGAUUACAAAACUA